AUUAUUGUUUAGAGCAGCCAACUUUGAAAAGUUACACGAGAACUAUAACCAUUUUAAUUAAGAGAUAUAUUUGAAUACAAAUAAUUUAGCAUAACAAUUUUGCUAGAGCAAAGUCAUUUCCAAUCCAAAAUUUGGUUCAUUUCUGUUCUAAUAUCUGUAAAUGGCUGACGCUUUACUUGGAAUCGUGAUUGAAAACCUCGGAUAUUUUGUUCGAGAGGAGCUUGCAUCCUUUUUGGGUGUUGAAAAAUUGACCCAGAAACUAAAUGAAAACCUCACCACAAUCCGUGCUGUACUAAAAGAUGCUCAAAAGAAGCAAAUAACAAGCAAUGUUGUGAAACAAUGGCUGCAGAAACUGUCUGAUGCUGCUUAUGUACUUGAUGAUAUAUUGGAUGAAUGCUCAAUAACCUCAAAAGCACAUGGAGACAACACUAGUUUCCAUCCUAUGAAGAUUUUGGCUCAUCGCAACAUUGGGAAGAGGAUGAAGAAAGUUGCUAAAAAGAUUGAUGAUAUUGCUGAAGAAAGGAUCAAGUUUGGAUUUCAACAAGUGGGAGUCAUGGAGGAGCAUCAACGAGGAGAUGAUGAAUGGCGCCAAACUAUUUCUACUAUCACAGAACCGAAAGUAUAUGGAAGAGACAAAGAUAAAGAACAGAUUGUAGAGUUUCUUCUAAGACAUGCUAGUGACAGUGAAAAACUCUCUGUCUAUUCCAUUGUUGGCCACGGUGGAUAUGGAAAAACAGCACUUGCUCAAAUGGUCUUCAAUGAUGAAAGUGUAAAGACACAUUUUGACUUGAAAAUAUGGGUGUGUGUUUCUGAUGAUUUCAGUAUGAUGAAAGUUUUAGAGUCGAUCAUUGAAAACACUAUUGGAAAAAAUCCACAUCUCUCGUCUUUAGAGUCAAUGCAAAAAAAUGUUCAAGAAAUUCUACAAAACAAAAGGUAUUUACUUGUUCUUGAUGAUGUGUGGACUGAAGACCGAGAGAAAUGGAAUAAGUUCAAGUCUGUGUUGCAAAAUAGAACGAAAGGUGCAUCAGUUUUGGUCACCACCAGACUUGACAAUGUUGCAUCCAUCAUGGGAACUUAUCCUGCUCAUCCUUUGGUCGGCUUAUCUGAUGAUCACAUCUGGUCUUUGUUCAAACAACAAGCUUUCGGAGAAAAUGGAGAAGAGCGUGCAGAGCUUGUGGAAAUAGGUAAGAAGUUGGUGAGAAAAUUUGUGGGUUCACCUCUUGCUGCUAAAGUAUUGGGAAGCAGUUUGCAACGUGAAACUGACGAACAUCAAUGGAUUUCUGUACUGGAAAGUGAGAUUUGGAAUUUACCUGAGGAUGAUCCUAUCAUUUCUGCUUUGAGACUAAGCUACUUCAACAUGAAAUUGUCACUAAGGCCAUGUUUUACCUUCUGUGCUGUUUUUCCUAAGGAUUUUGAAAUGGUGAAGGAAGAUCUCAUUCAUCUUUGGAUGGCUAAUGGACUUGUUACAUCUAGAGGUAAUUUACAGAUGGAGCAUGUUGGUGAUGAGGUAUGGAAUCAAUUAUGGCAAAGAUCAUUUUUUCAAGAAGUUAAAUCUGAUUUAACAGGUAACAUUACAUUCAAAAUGCAUGAUUUUAUCCAUGAUUUAGCUCAAUCUAUUAUGGGAGAAGAAUGUAUUUCUUAUGAUGUUUCAAAGUUGACUAAUUUGUCAAUUAGAGUUCACCAUAUGAGUCUCUUUGAUAAAAAAUCAAAACAUGAUUACAUGAUUCCCUGCCAAAAAGUUGAUUCCUUGCGAACCUUUCUUGAGUAUAAACAACCCUCCAAGAAUUUAAAUGCGCUACUAUCAAAAACUCCUCUUCGAGCUUUACAUACAAGUUCUCAUCAACUAUCAUCAUUGAAGAGUUUAAUGCAUUUGAGGUACUUGAAACUUUCCUCUUGUGACAUCACAACUUUGCCUGGUUCUGUUUGUAGACUGCAGAAAUUACAAACACUAAAACUUGAAGAUUGUGUUUUUUUAUCUAGUUUUCCCAAACAAUUUACAAAAUUGAAGGACCUUCGACAUCUCAUGAUUAAAGAUUGCCCGUCAUUGAUAUCAACUCCUUUUAGAAUUAGGGAGUUAACUUGUUUGAAAACAUUGACCAAUUUCAUAGUUGGUUUAGAAACUGGGUUUGGUUUAGCAGAGCUACACAACUUACAAUUAGGAGGCAAGCUAUACAUCAAAGGCCUUGAGAAUGUGUCAAAUAAAGAGGAUGCUAAAGAAGCUAAUUUGAUUGGAAAGAAGGACUUAAAUAGCUUAUAUUUGUCAUGGGGUGAUGAUGCUAAUUCACAAGUUGGCGGUGUUGAUGUAGAGGUACUGGAAGCACUUGAGCCCCAUUCAGGACUUAAGCAUUUUGGGGUGAAUGGUUAUGGUGGAACAGAUUUUCCUCAUUGGAUGAAAAAUACUUCUAUUCUAAAAGGUCUAGUUAGUAUUAUUCUCUUUGGCUGUAAAAACUGCAGGCAGCUUCCUCCAUUUGGUAAAUUACCAUGUUUAACUACUCUUUUUAUAUCUGAAAUGAGAGAUUUAAAGUACAUUGAUGAUGAUUUGUAUGAACCUGCGACUGACAAGGUUUUUACAUCUUUGAAGAAAUUGACUUUGUACAACUUACAAAAUUUAAAGAGGGUGUUAAAAGUCGAAGGAGUAGAGAUGCUAACACAACUUUUAGAGUUAGAUAUAACAAAAGCCUCUAAAUUUACAUUUCCAUCCCUUCCAUCUGUUGAGUCACUUUCGGUUCAAGGAGGAAAUGAAGACUUAUUUAAGUUCAUUGGUUACAACAAGCGCAGGGAAGAAGUAGCUUAUUCCUCUUCGAGGGGAAUUGUGGGUUAUAAUAUGUCUAAUCUUAAGUCACUUCGCAUAUCAGGCUUCAACAGACAUGAUUUACUUGUUAAACUUUGUACUCUUAGUGCUUUAGAAUCUCUUGAAAUUGACUCAUGUAAUGGAGUGGAGUCAUUUUCGGCGCUCUUGUUGAUAGGUUUGAGAUCUCUUCGAACUUUGUCUAUUAGUUCAUGUGAUAGAUUUAAAUCCAUGUCUGAGGGUAUCAGAUACCUAACUUGUCUCGAGACUCUUGAAAUCAGUAACUGUCCACAAUUUGUUUUUCCACAUAACAUGAACAGUCUAACUUCCCUUCGUCUACUGCAUCUCUGGGAUUUGGGGGAUAAUGAAAACAUACUAGAUGGCAUAGAAGGCAUCCCCUCACUGCAAAAAUUGUCUCUGAUGGAUUUUCCUUUGGUAACAGCCUUGCCAGACUGUUUGGGUGCCAUGACUUCUCUUCAAGAAUUAUACAUCAUUGACUUUCCAAAGUUAAGUUCACUACCAGACAGCUUUCAGCAACUCCGAAAUUUGCAAAAGUUAAUUAUUAUUGAUUGCCCUAUGUUGGAGAAGAGAUACAAGAGAGGUUGUGAAGACCAGCAUAAGAUAGCUCACAUUCCUGAAUUUUAUUUUGAAUCUGGUGCAAAACCAACAUUCCCUGAGAAUAUCAUAUCAGCAUGGGAGACUUAUAAUCAAAAAAUCUAUUACCCCUUGAGUGGGUUUGAGAAGAUGAUUGAUUCAACUGAUCUAAGUACUAAGGAUAUUGACAUUGAAUAUGGCAAAUACACACGAUGAUCAACUCAAUAACCAUGCACUUAUUGGAAAAAGACUUCUCUGUUUAGUGGAAAAGGUUUAACAUUUUCGAUUGUAUUCUUGGUUGGUAUGAAAUUGUAAUAUUACUACAAAUUGUUGUAUAUAUAGUGAUCCUCAUGUGCGAGGUGUUGGCACUGUUCUUUCCAACAUAUUUCUACUGUUUUUAUGUUAGUAAUGUUGGACGAAAUUGAACACUAAAAAAGAUAUCCGAAGACUAUAUUUACUAUUUAAAAACAA